AGUAUUGAUCGAUAUGACCAAAAGGGAGACCGCAUUUCUAUUUAAAGUCUCAAAACCACAUCUUAUAGAGUAUACCUACUAAUUUUUGCAAUAAUGGAGAAAGCCUUCACAUUUUUUCUCUUUACACUCUUCUUGCUUAUGGCUAGUUCAGUCAUGACCCAAACCAACAUUACUACAGAUCAAUUAGCUCUUCUGUCUUUAAAAUCCCAAAUCAUUUCCGACCUCUUUCACUUCUUGGAUGAAAGUUGGUCUCCCGCUACGUCUGUUUGUCAUUGGGUUGGAGUCACUUGUGGCUCUCGUCACCAACGAGUGAAGUCCUUGAAUCUUUCUAACAUGGCUCUUACUGGCUGGAUUCCCCGUGAAUUUGCAAACCUCUCAUUUCUUGUUUCUCUUGACAUGGGAAGCAACAAUUUCCAUGGAAAUUUGCCUCGAGAAAUGGCACGCUUGCGCUGGCUUAAGUUUCUUGAUUUAAGUGUCAACAACUUCAGCGGGAAGGUUCUCUCUUGGUUUGGAUUCUUACACCUUCGCCAUAGGAAUCUCGUUAAAGUCAUUACUAGUUGUUCCAAACUUGAUUUUAAGGCUUUAGUGCUUGAGUAUAUUCCAAAUGGAAGUCUUGAUAAGUAUUUGUAUUCACACAACUAUUUCCUCGACAUCAGGCAGAGGCUAAGCAUAAUGCUAGAUGUGGCAUGUGCGUUGGAAUAUCUUCACCAUGGGUGGUCAUCGCCUGUGAUCCGCUGUGAUGUGAAGCCUAGUAAUGUCUUGUUGGACGAGGAUAUGGUUUCCCACCUUAGCGACUUUGGUAUUUCAAAACUGCUUGGUGAAGAUGAGAGUGAUUUUUACACUAAAACCUUAGCAACAUUGGGGUAUAUUGCUCCAGAAUAUGGACUGGAUGGACUAGUGUCUACAAAUUGUGAUGUCUACAGUUAUGGGGUCUUGUUGCUGUAAACGUUUACUAGGAGAAAGCCUAAUGAGUUUGAGGGAGAUCUUAGCUUGAAGCAAUGGGUGAGUUAUUGGAACAAACUAUCUUGUAUUGAAGGAUAGAGAACAACUUACAAUUACUGAAAGUUGUAGACAAUCUAAAAAGGAAAAAAAAAACAAGAAUGGAGGGAGAUUCCAGACUAUAACAAGCUAAGAAAUUAAAAGACAACUUCAUAACAUGCCCCUCUUUGGUAGCAUCCCUUUUGAUUAUAUAGAUAAGUUAUGUUGUGGAGCUCCUGGCAGCACUGCCUGGUGCUACUGGUACUGUCACAGCUGGCCCUUGCUUGGCAUUUGGGACCACAUAUUGGUCCAAGUAUUUAGGGGGCUGUUUGUCCCUGUUGCUGCGGCGUAGUGUUGCCCUGUGGUCUUGCAGAUUUGUUACAUUGCCGCCUUCAGGAAGACGAACCUUGUCCUCAAGGUUCAAGUCAGGAAACCUUUGAUGAAGAGAGUGAGAAUCAUCCCAAGUUGCCUCCUCAAGAGGUAACCCCUGCCACUUGAUAAAAAAUUGCAGCACCUGAUGUGUGCCUCUAGUAAUGGUGCGGCUGUCUAAAAUUGAUUCCGGGGAGAGCAUGAGUGAAGAAGAAUGAUCAAGGAGAUCAAUAGGAGUGACUUGUUGGUCCGGAGUACCCAAACGGAGGCAUGAAAUACAGGGUGAAUUUUCGAUGAAGGUGGGAGGUCCAACCUAUCAGCGACCUCACCAACUCGUUGAAGCACCGGAAAUGACCCAAAGAAUCGCCGACUGAGUUUGGUAUGACGUUGGAGGCGGAGAGAAAGUUGUCUGUAGGGACGCAAGCGAACAAAGACCCAAUCGCCAACCUGAAACACCUCAUCCUUGCGGCCUUUGUCAGCAUAUCUCUUCAUACGAGCUUGAGCAAACUGCAAAUUAGACUUCAGUAGUGCCAAAGUAUCAUCAUGUCGCCUAAGUGAAUCAGCCACAGCUGGUGGAGUGUUGCCAUCCAUAAUGUAUCGAGCAAUUUUCUAGGGAGGAUGACCAUACACCACCUCAAAGGGAGUUAGCUUAGAGCUGUGUUGGUAAGAGGUGUUAUACCAAAACUAGGAGAAAGCUUAAUGAGUUUGAGGGUGACCUUAGCUUGAAGAAAUGGGUGAGUUAUUCACUCCCGGAGGCAGUAAUGGACGUCGUAGAUUUCAACUUGGUAACACCAAGGGGUAAUUGCUUACAGAAGGAGCUAGAUGUUGUGGCUUCAAUCAAGAAAGUUGCAUUAGAUUGUUGUGCUGAAUCUCCGGCAAGAAGGACAAACAUAAAAGAUGUUGUAGGGAUGCUGCAGAAGAUCAAGAGUCAACUCCUUGCAUGUUGAGCAUGUUUUUGGAAUCUGUUGUUCCAAUCAAUUUUAACCGAACACGUAAUCACACUAUGUUUUCUUUUUUAAUAACUGUGGUUUCUGAUCUAGUUUUUCCGCAACUCAACUAAUUCCAAAGUAUCUAUAGAAAAUAAUUCACUGGUAAAAACUUGACUA